GACCCCGCGGCACGCCGCCCACAGCCGCAGGGGCACCGUCCGGGGCACAGAACAGGUCAGCCCCCCGGGGGACCGCCAGCAGAAGUUAUGGCUCCGAGUGAAUUUGCUGUACUCCGCUGGCUUAGGGAAAGCCGCCAGUCCCGAAAACUAAUCCUGCUGAUAGUCUUCAUUGCCUUGCUGCUAGACAACAUGCUACUCACUGUAGUGGUGCCUAUCAUUCCGAGUUACUUAUACACCAUUGAGCAUGAGAAAAAUGCCACCGAAAUCCAGACUAUCAAGCCUGAGGUUGAUUCACCCUCAACCCCCAGCUUUCAGAGUAUCUUCUCCUAUUAUGAUAACUCCACAAUGACGAUUGAAAAUGCUACUAGGGGAUUGUCUCGAGGAGAUUUAUACCGAGCCGCAAUCCAGCAAAUGGUAGUUAAUUCAACCAGCACCUCUUCUGAUUGUCCCAAGGAAGACAAAGACCUGCUCAAUGAAAAUGUGCAAGUUGGUUUGUUGUUUGCUUCAAAAGCAACAGUCCAGCUCCUCACUAACCCUUUUAUAGGGCCGUUGACCAACAGAAUAGGUUAUCAGAUUCCAAUGUUUGCAGGAUUCUGUAUCAUGUUUGUCUCAACGAUUAUGUUUGCUUUUUCUGGAAGUUAUACUCUACUCUUCAUAGCAAGGUCCCUUCAAGGAAUUGGCUCUUCUUGUUCUUCAGUGGCUGGAAUGGGGAUGCUGGCAAGUAUUUACACAGACGAUGAAGAGCGAGGCAAUGCGAUGGGGAUCGCCCUGGGGGGCCUUGCCCUGGGCGUUUUAGUGGGGCCGCCAUUUGGGAGUGUGAUGUAUGAAUUUGUGGGGAAGACUGCCCCGUUUCUGGUGCUGGCUGCUCUCGCUCUGUUGGAUGGAGCUGUCCAACUGUUUACUCUCCAGCCAUCCACAGUACAGCCAGAGAGUCAAAAAGGAACCUCAUUAGUCACCCUGUUAAAGGACCCUUACAUCCUGAUUGCUGCAGGUUCAAUCUGCUUUUCAAACAUGGCCAUUGCGAUCCUCGAACCUGCACUGCCAAUCUGGAUGAUGGAGACUAUGUGCCCCAGAAAGUGGCAACUAGGCGUUGCUUUCCUACCAGCUAGUAUCUCUUAUCUUAUCGGAACCAAUACUUUCGGGGUACUUGCACACAAAAUGGGAAGGUGGCUCUGUGCUCUUAUCGGGAUGAUGGUUGUUGGAAUCAGCAUCUUAUGUGUACCAUUUGCCAAAAACAUCUAUGGAUUGAUUGCCCCAAACUUUGGAGUUGGUUUUGCAAUUGGAAUGGUGGAUUCUUCAAUGAUGCCUCUCAUGGGCUACCUCGUAGAUCUCCGUCACGUUUCAGUUUAUGGGAGUGUAUACGCAAUUGCAGAUGUUGCCUUCUGCAUGGGAUUUGCUAUAGGUCCUUCUGCAGGAGGAGCUAUUGCAAAGGCAAUUGGAUUUUCUUGGCUCAUAACCAUUAUAGGGGUAAUUGACAUUCUCUUUGCCCCUUUGUGCUUUUUCCUAAGGAGCCCACCUGCCAAGGAAGAAAAAAUGGCAAUACUCAUGGAUCACAAUUGCUCCAUUAAAACAAAAAUGUACACCCAAAACAGUAUCCAGUCAUACCCAGCAGCAGAGGAAGACUCCGAAAGUGACGAAUAAUUUUGAAGCCAUAUAUUUUGUUGUAUACACUGCAGUAUUUCCUGUGAAAUGGCUCAUCAAGACCUGUCUUAGUUGUACUGUACUUUAAUGGUGAAAUAGUAAAGAAACCAAAGGUUCAUUAUUUCUUUCCCAUGGUUAUGAAAGAUGGCCAACAGCCUUAUUAAGAAAAAGCUUUUCUAGGGAUUUGUA